AGCUAUAGCAUGGGUCCACGAAAUAAUCUGUUCUUUCCUAGGGGGGUAAAACACUUACUACCCAAAGCAUACGCUACAAUUUUCUGAUGCCUAGCGUUGUCGCUUUGCUCCAGGGCGUUUGCGAAAGUAUAGCGGAAUAUUUUGAUGUCACUUGUGUGCUGGUGCUGCGACUUAGCGCUGACAUCGGACGAAUCUUGGUCCCGACGAGUCUGUUAUGCAAGAGUUGCUGAAAGAUCAAAAGGAUGACGACUAUACAUCGCAGGCACGGAUGGUUGAAUUCCUUCGAAGACAUGUCGAAGAACCCGCCGACGAACGACGGGCAGGUCGUCAGGAUCGAGGAAUCCGCCGACCGUCACCGUUCAAGCCGCCAGCAGCAUCAGGAGGACAAGGACACUCAGGCCACCACCGCUGCCUCUCACGCGAUUGGCCGCAAGAGCGAAAUAGGAUCGGAUCACUCGACAUGGACAGGCCGAACCGAACGCACGACCGCUUCACCCAUCCGAGGCCGCGGCCCGCAGAGCAGCGACAAUUGGCAGACCGAGCAGGCACCUACCGCCACGGUAGGCACCGCGCGCCGUUCGCGUCGCAUUCAACGCUCAAGCAAGAAGUCGGAGAAGUCCAAGUAUCAACAGAGCAGACCCACGCUCGAUACGUUGGCGACCAGCAAAGCGAAGGUACCGAAAGGCGCCGUCAAUGCACGCAAGAGGCAGGGUUCGGUCCAGGGCAGACAGACGAACAGACGCAAAGGCCAGGCAGGCCAAGCCGGGCUGGCGGACCGAGGAGCUAAUCCCACCGCCGAAGCCGAUGUCAGUGGCAUUGACCCUGACCAGGCGGAGUCGGCGACGAGAGCGGACGAGGUGGACGACUUGUCGACCGCCCAAUCUUAUUUGUCGACCUUCUACGCUCUGGCCACCACUUUAGCGACAACUCUGGCCGCGCUGCUGUCGGCCCCUAGACAACAACCACAAGUCGUAAGCAGCAGUCCCGGUGCUUUCUGCACCACGUCUGUGGCUUCAACUGUCCAGGACGCUUCCGACCAACAGGGGUCGUCGUCGACGUAUCAUUCGUACAACCACGAACAAACAAGUCUGGCUCCGGAUGUUUGCAGCGCAAGCUCUCGUAGUGCAAUUUCCGCGGACAGCGAGAAACCGAUAAGAGGACGUGUGUCCCAGGGCCUCAACGAACCUGUAGCCAAGGUGCUUCAGGAUGUUCCAUCGAUCGAACCGGCGAAGGCGCCAGAGGGCGCCACGAGAGCGAGCCCCACCGAUCACGUCUGCCCCGCAGCGCGCUCCCCAGAUGUCCCUCCGUCUGCUGCCCGAGCGCACAAAGGCGACAUGACUGCCUCGCCCUGCUCGCCCACAACCAGGGCGCUGAAGGAAGCUGCGACAAUCCUCAGCAUGAAGCCCUUGCGGUUUCCUGGAAUGAAGAAGGACGACAUGAUCAGGAUGAGGGUCCUCACCAUCGCCUCGAUUGUUGUGACGGUCACCGUUAUCCUCGGCGUCAUUGCCUUCGCGAUCAUCACCCACCACCGCGGCGCCAAGCUGAAGGACUACUGCGACACGGAUGGCUGCCUGUACCACGCUCGUACGCUCACGCGCAAACUGAACCAGAGCAUCGACCCGUGUGUCGAUUUUGCCGCGUACGUCUGCUCCGCCUGGGUACCCUCGGGCGUGUACAGCGAGCAGACCAAGUCGCCCAUAGAUGGCAUCCUCUACUCUCGUUUCAUCGGCUUCCCGGAAAUGCUAGCCAACGGCGCUCGCGAGCUUCCGGUGGGAGAGAAGGCGCGCGCCAUGCACGUUGCCUGCAUGGAUUCCGCAGCCCAAGCCGUAGCCAACAUCGAAGAGUUUCGACACCUUAUGCAGGCCAUGAGGUUAAGCUGGCCGGAACCGCCUCGAGAAGAUUCCAAUGCCCUUGGCGUCCUGCUUUCUCUAGCAUUCCAGUGGCAGAUACCGCUAUGGAUCGCGGUCAACGCGCCCGCAUUGCAGAAGACCGACUGGCGCCUGAGGAUCAGACCGGGGGACUACAUACCGUUGCUGAAGAACCAGUACGUCAGCGUGACGAGCGGCGACGGGUACGUGCGCUACUGGCUUGGGUUCUACAACGCAUUUCGUACCAGCUCCACCAUUCCUUUAAGCAGGCCCCAAAUAGAACGCGUUGCUGACGCCGAGGGUCGCAUACUCGAGCAACUGAACAAGGCGCUCAUCUCGAAGAAGAAGAUCCCGGCCGUGUUGCCGCUCGCAGUCGUUGGCAACUUCUCCGCCCCUGUCUCCUCAUCGGAGUGGCUGGAGCAGUUGACUCUGAGCCUGGCGUUCAGCCCCAAGUUCGUCGCGAGCGACCAAAUUGCCGUGAGCGACACGGGCUUUCUGGCGGCGCUGGGAGGCCUCUUCGCGAACUACACCCACCAAAGGCUAAUCGAACAGCUGUCUUGGGCCUUCGUCCAGGCGUACUCGCCCAUAUCGGAUCCGAAGCUGCAGACGGCUCGCUACGGCAACACGUGGAAGGCGGACAGGUACAGGCCCAUACUGUGCGCCCAUCAAGUGGAGUCUUCCAUGAAGAUGCUAGUCUUCGCGCUCAACUACGUUUCCGGCUACACUCAGCGAGACACCGAGCUCGUCAAUGCUGGCCUCACUAGCCUGAUCUACGCCGCCUCCAGUAAGAUCAACAGCUCCGGAUGGCUGGACGAAGAGAGCAAGGCGCGCGCUGCGAGGAAAAUAGAUUCCGUGCUAACGUUCCUCUGGCCGGCGAAGCAAUGGAUCCGCAAUGAAUUCCUCAGUUCUCUGUACAAUGACUACCCGAGCGAGGAAGAAACUUUCGGCGAUUACUGGAUAAAGGCCCGCUUCGCCGUGGCGAAGCACGACAGGACAGCCGAGUUCGAGGCUACGCUGAACCUGCCGAGUAAUAUUCCGCCACCCAGCUUUGGCUACGAUUACAUCACCAACAGCAUCGCCUUGCCUAUCGGCAUAGUCGACCGGCCGUUGUACUACGGGGAUGGAAACAAGGCCAUGUUCUACGGCGGCCUCGGAUUCCUCAUAGCUUUGCAGAUCGCCUCCGCGCUGGACAGUGUGGGAAUCACGUGGGACGCCGAAGAAAGGAGCGUCGCGUCCAUCAUUGCGAGCGACGCGUCGAUGAAGGCUUUCGAGGUGAAAGACGGUUGCGUCGAGGACGAAGGAAUCGAGAGCAUAUUUCCCGAAGUGCCGGCGCUGGAAAUCGCUUACGCCGCGUUUCAGCGCGCCGUUCGAAACGACAAGGACGGCGCACCGGCGGCACUGCCAGGGUUGUCGCCGGACAAGGUGUUCUUCAUGACCCUGUGCUACAUGGCCUGCACGAGGCUGGACGCGAAGCACGCUUUCGGUGUCGACUGUCACAAGGUUGUCCGCAACUCGCCGGCUUUCCAAGCGGCGUUCAGCUGUCCCAGCGGCUCAAAGAUGAACCCGACAAGAAAAUGCACUUUCUUCGACUGACUGGCGAAACGCGUUGUGUUAACACUUGCGUAUAGCCAGGACGUGCCUCACAUCCUUGGCACAAGAACUUCUUUUGUGUACUGUUUCUCUGUUUUACAGGUGUUCGGCGUUUCUAUGUGUACACUAUUAUGCUAAUUAAGUCGUGUGAUUAGGCGAAUUGCUCGAUUGAGAACUUUCACGUUCCUCUGUCUAGUUUUUUUAUUAUUAUUAUUGCGCUCCUUUGCUUGACUAUGCAUCCAUUUUCGCAUAGGAUGCUGCGUCUGUGAACUGGUUUAGCCACAAAGCAGUGUUCGAAUUCACUCCGACUUUAACCCCUUCCACACCGCGCUGCAUUUUUCUCGUUUUAUGCGAUCUCUCUGACCAUAGAAUGCAAGCACAUUGCAUGUUACACGCCGCCCUAGUGUGCGGUUUAUGAUUUGGGAUCCCAAUGUAACGGACCGCUAUGUGUGUGUUUUGAACCCAUGUUUGCUUCAACUAUAUCCGUCAUCGUCGUUCCGAGGUGCAUUUCUCUCACGGGACUUUUUCUUAAAAAUGGGCGCCCUAAGCAUAUAUAUUUGAAACACAUGUGCGUCAUUCACUUUCGCAUUCGCCCGAGUGUUGAACUGAACUGGUGCCGAGUACUUAGACCGUGAACAUUGUCUACACUGCCCAACAUAUUUAAAAGCAUAAUUUAUGGCGUAUACUUCUGGAACAAAUGCGUGGAGCUGGCUUGUAUAUUUUCGCCAAACUUAGCGACCUAAGAUGUGCGUUUCCUUGUCAUAAGGUAGUAGACAAAUGUACAGCUGUACUGGGAGGUUCCCGCUCCGCCUCAUCAUAAACUUGCUCGUCCAAUAUGGCGGAGGAAGUGCAGGCCUAAAAUCUACGCGCGUGUGUGCGUUGUCUAUAGUAUGUGACGUUGAAACAUCCAAGAACUCCACAGCUACGUGCAUUUUCUAUUCAGCGACCACCUGAAUAAAAUAUGGAAGACCCCGUAUGCAAGACUCUCCCCACGUCAGCUUUGAGAAGAAAAAAAAAGUACAUGGAUACACAAGUCGCUCCCAGCUCCAAAAACAAUGGGAAAUCUGAUAUUGAAUCAGUCAACAAAAUAAAAUCGAAUACUUGUGUUGAAUACACGUUAAAAGAACUGCAAGUAAUCAAAAUUCAUCCAGGAGUCGUCCACUACGGCACAUUUUCUCAAUGACCACGUAGUAAUGAUCCUCGAGCAUGGCACAUAAUCGCAAUGGAGGCCCAUACUGCAUGCUUUGACGAUUGUCAUGAUGAACGGAAAACAUUCCGCGUGGUCACACUGUGGGACGGGAUGAAAACCGAAUGCGUCUGAAUCGCACUAUUUGCGGUGUAUGAGAGAUGAUCCAAGGGAACGAGCGCAUGUUACCAAAACGCCUCCGGAGAGGUUGCUCCCCCAAAUGCUCGCUCAGAACAUACACAUUCAAAAAUCCAUCCCACGAUAAAGCGAUUUUCCCUGCGCUGCCCCAAUUGUUGGCCAAAUCUAAGCAGUACUCAUUUUCUACAUCCUGUGAGCUCAACAUCAUUUGUGUCAACAAAAUAGAACAAGAGGAGUAAGAGGAGCGAAUUUUGAUAA